UUAGAUGUGAAAUACGCUGGAUUAAUUAGAAGCUCAUUGAAAGCAAUGCCUGUUAACGAUAUUCCCGAUAUAGCUGCACUGAUAAUCAAAUGUCGUUAGCGAUACCUGCAAUUCAUCUGACUGUAAAAUGUGGCGAUUUUGAUCAAUGACACUGUAUUUGAAAAAUAAUGGCAAACUUUAUCUAUGUGGUAUUGAUAAUCGUGGAUCUUACAUGUGGGGCUACUGCACUAAAUACAACACACGAAGCUUUGGAAUAUGUAUUCCGUUUAAACCCGAAGACGUGUAAAGCAGGAACAAAAGAAAAGUUGCAUUUACAGUUUGAUGUAACAGUAUGGAACCACUAUACAGAUCCGGCCAUUAGGACUGCCAAUUUUCUUUCAAAUAUCAUCGGAAUGAACAAUGGGACACUUAAUUCUUUGACAGAUGAAAUGUUGUUUCUUCUGGGUAGAAACAACGUUCAUGGAAACUCGGUGAUAUUUGGCUCUGGUGUUGCCCUAGAAAAGGGCGUCUACAGUAAAUAUGACAAGUUUUGUCCAUACGCACACAAGAAAAAUGGAACUGUCCAGUCACAUGAUAUAGCAGUGAACUAUGACUACCUUGACACCUACACGAUAUGGUACACUGACGUCAAAGAAAAAACGUGGGAAGAUGUGGACGUUGUCACCGACGUCGUAAUAAACAGAGAAAAUGACCAUCAUUUACCGGAGGUUGAGGUUUCAUAUCCUGUGGCAAAACUAUCUGAUGGUCACUGGACAGUUCCAUAUUUUGACUGCGGGGGUGGAAAUGUGUGGAUGGUGACAUAUUCUUCUCCAAUUUUUGGAGUACAAAACGGAUCAGUUUUGUUUCGUGGAGUUGCAACUGUAGACAUUGAGUUAACGCAGAUUGAUAUAAACCAGUGUGAUAAUAACGAAAAUGAACGUUCGUCUGGACUUGAUGUAUUUCGUGGAACACACAGAUGUCAAUCAACUACAACGUGUGUGCCUAUGGCAGGAGAUGGAUUUGUCCCUGGGGCAUACAACUGUGUAUGUAACGAUGGAUACUAUUUACCCCAAGGUGCCAACAGAAAUCAGUCAUAUUAUGGAAGAGAAAUAGAAAACUACGUCAGAGAGUUUGGAGUCAUCGAACCUGGAAUGUUCCAGUGCACUGCGUGCGCAGCCGGAUGUACUACAUGUGUGGACAGUUCUCCAUGUUUAUAUGAGAUUAAUACUAUCUUGAAGUUCUCUCUUUUGAUAGUGACGCUGAUAACUGUUUUAGGGAUUAUGUCCAUUGCUGUUAUCAUUUAUAUCUACAGAAACAAUCCGGUAAUCAAGUCAGCCAGUCCAGCAUUUCUAGAACUUAUGUGUCUUGGUGGGAUAUUAAUUCUGUCACAGUUUUUCAUUCACUUUUUGGACAUGAGUGUGUUGGUGUGUACAAUAAGCAACUGGCCGAUACACAUUGGUUUCUUCAUUUUGUAUGGCUCUCUUGUCGUCAAAACAUGGAGAAUAUCCAAGAUAUUUACAAUUGGCGCUCGUCAGCGAAUUCGGAUUCCAGAUAAGAUAUUAUAUCAAAGAAUUGGCAUUCUAGUGUGCUUUAUUUCUGCCAUGUUGGCCGCCUGGACAAUGAGUGUGCCAUCAAAAGUUGUGGAAUUGAAAACUUCGGAUAAUCUUCUCUAUUAUACUUGCCAAAUCGGACCUUUCUUGUUUGCAUUCAUAGCGGCUAAAGUGCUUCUAUUGUUGUACGGUGUUUAUCUAAGCUUUACUAUAAGAAAAGCUCCGGCACAGUUCAAUGACAAAUACAUGGGCUAUGCAAUAUACAAUGCGAUAAUUCUAGGAAUUGCCAUGUCAUUUCUCUCUCGUCUGCUGAUAUCGAUUAUUGGUCCAGAUCUAAUAUUUGUGUUCCAAUUUCUUCAUCUUCAAGUGUUUGCAACGGUGACUCUUCUCAUCAUCUUUGUUCCAAAGUUUUUCGCCAUCCGUAAGAAGAAAGAAUCUAGCCCUACAUUCGCAUCUGUUGUUAACCAAAUUUCGGGUAUGGAUAAUACACACCGCUUCCGCAAACGUUCUUCUGCAGAUGAAAUUAACAUCAAUUUUCUUAAGUUCUUAGUAGCCAUGUCUGACAAGGAAACCCAAACAAAGUGGAAGACAGAGGAAGAGAGCAAUGUUGUUUGAGCUUGAUAACUUUAACAUUUUUAAAUGUCUUUUAUAAUUAUUACGUUUAGUUCAAUCAAAUUAUGUCGAGUUUCUGUCCGAUGUGAUUUUUAGAAAACUAAUUUAUGAAAAAGACGUUGAACCACGGUCUUAUAAAAUACAGAGGUGAAUUAUAGGUUCUGAACACAUGGUUUUGCUGUAUCUCUAUGAUUCUAUGAGGUGUAAAAAGUUAUUCCAUACAAUUGUGUCGAGCGAAAUGACAAAUAAAACGACCGAUGUACAAAACAGUUCAGUUUUUAAGCUGCCCUAUAUGUUUUUACAGGAAAUAAGUGGCACUGAGUGAUACAGAGCAUUUAAAUUGCAUUAAUUUUGAUACCUUUAAAUCAUCUCUGAAAAUUUGUUCAGAUUUCACAUUUAGUUUUGACUCUAUGAAACUCGUACACAAGGUUUAUUAUUCGAAUCAGAACUGUCUAUACUGUAUUUGUUGCGGGAUUUUAGCCGUUUCAAGUAAGAGCUCAGUGGCCCUGGCAAGGUGAUAAUAGUACGACGGUUAUUAUUUUCUUUUAUAUAUUACAUACAUGUAUAUAGUUUGAUAGUUUAUUUGCAAUAUUCAAUUGGACCAAAUGGCCCAUGAGGACAUACAAUACAUGAUACAUGUAUAUGGCAAGACAGUGUACAACAUGUAGAUCUACAUGCAUUUGAAGUAGAUAUGCGGAGAAGGUUUACAAUACAUUGCUUAAUAAUAUCCUUAAUGCAUACAAAUAUCAACGACUAUCAAAAUAAUUAGUAUCAAAAAUUACAAAACCACCACACAAUAUUGUGAUAAAUUUUAAGACGAGUUUUGUAUGAAGUCUAUUUUUGAA